AUGCAGAAUAUAACGAUCCCAGCGUUGCCUGUGCCGGGAGAUAAUGAUUCGAAGGAUGCCCAGCGGGAAACAAUCUACAUUAACCCUCAGCAGGAAUAUGCUUCACAACCACAAAAGUCGCAUAUGGAAAAGUACUUCGAGAAGACUUCGGCGUACAUGUCUUCACAUCCUGUGAUAACAUUUCUAGGAUGUUUUGGAACAGCAUAUGUCGUUGCUGGUGCUUACAAAAACCUUUUUGGUGUUAAGGGCACUCAGUUUUACAAAGGAGGCUUUGAUGCUAAGAUGAACACCAAAGAAGCACUUAGAAUAAUGGGACUAAAGGAAAGCACCCUGACCAAGUCUAAGUUGAAGGAAAAUCAUAGGAGGAUUAUGCUUUUGAACCACCCAGAUAAGGGAGGAUCGCCAUAUUUGGCUACCAAGAUUAAUGAGGCCAAGGAAUUUUUGUUAAAGCAGGGUGUCAAGAAAUGA